AUGAGUAAAUUAGAUUCAUACAGCAUGAUGAUUGUGUCCAAAUACUUUGUAACACUCGAAGACUUUUGCAACAUCGAAGCAGUAAAUUCAAAGUUCGAUUCUCUUCUUUCCAAAUUUCAUUACAAUCCAAUUUCGAUCACUCGCAACCAACUUCACCUGUUCCCAAAUUUAGAAACACUCCACAUUUACUCUUUUUACAGCGACCAAUUUUCAGACAUCAACUUUUACCGCCGCGUCUAUUGGCGACCAGUUUCGUAUCGAAUUUACCUUCAACCGCACGACAAUGUGAUAUACAAAAACGUUGUGUAUACCCUUGGCGACAUUGAGUUGUACGGCACUGACAUUCCAAAGGUAGUCACAUCACUUGGCGACAACUGUUUUAUUCACAAUUCAAGUAAUCUUUGGUUCAACGCAAACGACAACCAAAACACUCCAGAAACCAUCGAAGUCCCACCCCAAAUCACCGCACUUGGAAAUAGUUGCUAUGCAAACAACAACACCGCAAAAUACAUCUUUGGCAACAAAUUGAUUUCUAUUGGAGAGAUGUGCUUUUACGACAACACCAAUUUGGUUGAAAUUGUAUUACCAGACUCUUUGAGAACUAUUCAAAACAGAGCUUUCAAUCGAUGUAUCAAUUUGAAUAACAUUGCCAUCCCAAGUCGUGUUGAAGUGCUUGGAGAGUGUGUCUUUCUUGGUUGCAGCAAUUUGAGUGUAAUUGAACUUCCAAAGAAUCUCAGAGAAAUCGGGAUGGCGUGCUUCAAAAAUUGCAAAAUUGAGAGAAUAUGUAUCCAAAC